UCGGUUUCACGGGUAUGCACACAUACCGGGGCAGUAAAUAUCGGAGCACAGUCUCGUGCGGCAUCUUACGGCUAGCAGAUUUGUAAUAAUAUUAAUUAUUAUUCACUCAGUGCUUGUGUGAGCGAAUGCGAGACUGUCAUCACACAUAUCAAUUAUGUGGUGCUCAAAAAUCUGUUUAUUUACUAUAAUAAACUGAAGAAUUGGUAAUCUUGGGAAUAUCAUAUGAAUUAUAGAAAUGGAUGUGAACUUCCUUGUAGGAAAAUGAUGAACAAUAUACAAGUGAAUGAAGAAUACGAUAAAAACUGAAUGAAGAUGCUGUCGCAUACACAAUGCACGUGUACAAGACGAGAGAGUGAAUAUACGAAAUGCUUGCAAAAACGAGAUUAUUCGUAGAUCCAUGAAAAGAGAAAGAGUAAAGCUGUCUCACACGUCCCUGCUCCAAAAGAAAAAUCAUUCCAUUUACAAAAUUCUCACAAAUUUGGAGCACUUUUAUAAAUGCUGUGUAAUAAAACGUCAAGUUAUCCGAUAUGAUUGACGUAGACAUAGACAUGUUUUAUAUUAUACCACCGAAUGGUGAAAUACUAUUUCAUAUUUUGGAAGAAUGUAUUUUGACCAGAUUAGAUUAUUUAAGGCUUCUAAGUGAAGGAUCUGCUGACAAAUUCGAUGGAAAGUUUGAGUAUUUACUAGAGAAUUCUAUUUACGAUAGAAUCGGACAUUUUGCGUUACGAUUAUUAGCUUCCACAUCGUCAGAUUUACAUAUGUAUUGGAUAACCAAAGAAUCAUUGUUAUUUAAGCAUAGAUUAGAUAAUGUAUCGCCUAGACAAUUGCAUAAGUUAUUGAAGCAAAUUAUCUGGAAACUGCAAGUGUUUAAAGACAAGAAAAGUGCAAUCGACACAACUCUGAUUGAGUUGUGCAAAUUUUAUUCGCAGCCCUUGGUGUUUAAACAUCUGGUGUCAAAUUGUUACAAUUGCAGUGACUUUCGAUAUAAAGUGAGAUUCGAGAUAGUACCAGACUUGGUAAAAGAGAGAGAACUAGUCCUUAAUAAUGGAAAUAUUAUCACGUACUGUUCAAAUUGGAAGAAAGUACUUGGAUCAUUAUUUAGUAAUUAUGUAACUAGCGAAAUGAGUCUCAUGAGGAGACAGGCGCAGCAUACUAAGGAACAUGAUCUUAGAUUCCACAUUUUAAGUCAGAAAGUUCAAUCUUAUCUCUUCAAGGAAGGCGUCGCUCAUGGAAAAGUAACCACCGAUAACAUAGAGUCGGAGGCACGGAAAUUCCCGUUGUGCAUGCAACAUUUGCACUCUCUACUGAGGAGUAGGCACCGUCUCAGUCACUACGCACGCCUGUACUACAGCCUCUUUUUGAAAGAAAUAGGAAUGAGCUUGGAAGAUUCCGUUACAUUUUGGAGGCAAGAAUAUUCCAAGCCACAUACUUGUACCUCGGUAUGCUCACAUAAUUGGCAGUCCAACGAAAAGAAAUUCAUCUACAGCAUCAGACAUAUGUACGGUUUAGAGGGAUCGCGGAGAAAUUAUAAGACACCUGACUGCAAUCUCAUCUGCACUGGUAUUAGUGGAGCAACGUACGAGGGUGGUUGCCCUUUCAAGGAUUUUGAUACGACUGCACUCAGAAAUCUUUUACGCGCUUCAUUAACCGAAGACGAAAUAGAGAAAUUUCUAAAUAGCAUAUCCGUUAAAGAUCCGGAAGUUCUCUGCACUGCAUUUCUCAAACUCGUACGCAAAGACGACGUGUCGCACGACGUCGUCAUAAAGAGUCCGGUACAAUACUAUCAAAGAAUGAUUGACUAAUAUCGACUUUAAUUUCCCAUUGAAAAGUAAUCUUGUCAGCACUUUUCACUGCUUAAUUCGUGUAUAUUACAAGACAGAAAGUUGUAAACUAACAAUGUUUUAUUUUUAUAAUACAUUAUUUUUGACACU